UAUAGUAUGAGAAAUGCCAACAGUAGUUCUAUCUUAUACAGUUUGGCGAGUCAUUUCUAAGCCUGUGUACCACUGAACAAAUGGGAAAAGUUUAAAUCUGACUGUGUACAUUUUGAGACCUGGCUUAGGCCUAGGAAAUACUAUAAGUAGGUUUGCCCUGUUUCGAUGCAGAUGUCUGAUACUGGCUUUGAUACGGAAAAUGGUUGGGAAGUCCCUGAUUGCUGGUGUGGUGGUCCUGGCAGCUGCAGUGAGCCUGUUUUUGGGAGUGAUUAUGGGACUGGGAAAGAGGAAUCCACCUGCACAGACCGACCACUUCUACUACAAGGCAGCUGUGGCCGCAGACGCUGGGAAGUGCUCUGAAGUGGGAAGAGAUAUCUUGAAGAAAAAUGGUUCAGCUGUGGAUGCUUCUAUUGCUGCCUUGUUGUGUGUAGGACUGUUAAAUGCUCACAGUAUGGGGAUUGGAGGGGGACUCUUCUUUGUCAUCUACAAUGCUACAACUGGUAAAGUAGAAACCAUUGAUGCCAGAGAGACUGCUCCCAUGAAUGCCACUGAAGACAUGUUUGGAAACAAUACAAAGCUCUCCCGUACAGGGGGGCUCUCUAUAGCCAUUCCCGGAGAGAUCCGUGGUUAUGAAAUGGCCCACAGGAGACAUGGCAGGUUGCCCUGGAAGGAGCUGUUUGAGCCCAGCAUUGCUUUGGCCCGGGAUGGAUUUCCUAUUGGGAAAGCCUUGGCCCAUGCCCUGUUCAAAAGCAAAGAGUCAAUUCAAGGGGAUGACAGCAUGUGUGAAGUAUUUUGUGAUUCGGAAAGAAACAUCCUGAAAGAAAAUGAUAUUGUUCGCUUUCCAAAGCUGGCAGAAACAUACCAAAGAAUAGCAGAGGAGGGUCCAGAUGUGUUUUACAAUGGGUCUAUGGCACAGAGCAUCGUGGAGGACAUUCAGGCGGCAGGGGGCAUUAUUACUUUGGAUGACUUAUUGGAGUACCAGCCUGUCCUGAAUGAGAACCCUCUUCGUCUGAAUGUGGGGGAGUACACCAUGCAUGUCCCAGAUGCCCCCUCCAGCGGGCCCGUCCUUGGGCUGAUCCUCAACAUAGUCGACGGAUAUAACUUUACAGACACAAGUGUCUCCACAGCCGAACAAAAGACCCUGACAUACCACCGAAUAGUUGAAGCUUUUCGUUUUGCUUAUGCAAAGAGGAGCAGGCUCGGAGAUCCACGUUACCUGAAUAUUACAGAUCUCAUCCAGAACAUGACCUCAGACUACUUUGCAGACGGCAUCAGGAGUAAAAUAUCAGAUGACACUACACACCCAGACAGUUAUUAUGAGCCAGACUACUUUGUCCCGGAAAACCACGGGACAGCCCAUCUGUCAGUCAUAGCAGAGGAUGGGAGCGCUGUGGCUGCUACUAGCACUAUUAACUUAUACUUUGGAUCCAAAGUAAUGUCUCGAUCGACAGGAAUAAUUUUUAAUGAUGAAAUGGAUGACUUCAGCUCACCUUAUAUGACAAAUGGCUUUGGAAUUCCCCCGUCCCCCAACAACUUCAUCCAACCAGGCAAACGACCACUGUCUUCUAUGUGUCCUACAAUUAUCUUUGACAAAGACAACAGAGUGAAAAUGGUUGUAGGAGCAUCAGGCGGCACAAAAAUCACCACAGCCACAGCCUUAGUUAUCCUAAAUUCGUUAUUCUUCAACUACGACCUAAAAAAAGCAGUGACAGAGCCAAGAGUUCACAAUCAGCUCAAUCCAAAUAUGACAGUGGUAGAAGAGGGCUUUGAGGAGAGUGUCCUGGAGGGUCUGGCCCAGAAGAACCAUGUGACAGAGAUGCUGGAGACCCCAGACUCAGUGGUGCAGGCCGUGGUGCGACAGGGGGAGCGUCUGUGUGCAGAGUCUGACCCCAGGAAAGGAGGUUAUCCUGCGGGCUACUGAGGCAGGAAAGAGCCUCUCACAGCCAGUGACAUAAUACAAGCUGAAAAACACUCACACACCUGCACAUAGAGACAUCUAUAAUGUUUACACUCCAGAGACUCUUUUGAAUUAAGACACUACAUUAAGACAUUAAAGACAGAAAUUGACUGACCUCUUCAGUUGACUUAAUUUCUUUGAACCAUGUUGUGAUGUGGCUCAAGCUACAACUAUUUUUGACCUGUUCAGAGAUCCCUGUUGACAUCAGUGGGUAGUUUAAUAACUACUGAAGAUGUAUCAGCAAACCAUGGGUCCAACAUGUAUUUACUGUUUGUAUUUAACUCAGUCUGUGACCUACACAUUGUGAAGACAAGAUCCAAAAACAAUCAU